UGUAUGAUUCUACGGGUGUCAGCUGUGGGAGUGAGCGCGCGCUAAAGACGUUGCUUUAUAACGAACAAGGAAUAUGUUCCGUGGUUGUUGUCGGUCUUGUUUGGGUGCAUUGUCUUUGCAGUUUAAAUGUUAUAAGAGCUCCUGCGUUUGGGAUUCCACACUUUUCUCCCAAACUAGCUUUAAAUAGCAGCUUGAGAGAGGGAGUGAUCAGCGGCGCUGGGAAUUGAAACUGAAAUCUGACCCCAGUGCAGGGAGCCGGUGUGACUACGCUGUAAAAGGAAGGCUAAUGCUAGCUUCAUUCGUCUACAUUUUCUAGAACGAGUACGGUACUCUCACUCAACACGGGGAAGAGGAGUAAGCUCCUGAGCAGUAGAAGUCUCUAAUGUUAACCCAGUUUCUGCGCUAUUAUGUCUGUUUAUGAUAUAUAUCAACGCCGCCUUCUUCAAACUUAACGUUAGUGUAAAACUUUAAAGCGCAUUAGACGAGCAUUUUUUCAUUAGUUAAAUUAGCCGAGUAGCUAGCAGCUACACAUGCAACGAUAAUUUAGGUGUUAACCCGGCGUCUGUAAGCCUUACUAUAAUCACCUAAUAAGUCACUCAGUAAGUGUUUAACAAUUCACCCUACAUCAAACAACAACGUUUAAGUGGAAAUAUGCCUCAGAAGCGGCGGUCACAGUCUUGGGCAGAGCUGAAACAAGCCGGCAACGAAUGUUUUAAGACCGGACAAUAUGGAGAUGCCGUCUCUUUGUACAGCCAAGCCAUCGAGGUGCUGAAGAAACAGGGUCAGAAGAAUCAGGAAGAUCUUGCUAUUUUAUAUUCUAAUCGGGCAGCCAGUAACUUGAAAGUUGGUAAUUGCAGUGAAUGCAUCAAGGACUGCUCAGUAUCUUUGGAACUUGUUCCAUUUGGGAUUAAAUCACUGUUGCGCCGUGCUGCAGCUUAUGAAGCUAUGGAGCGAUACAGACAAGCCUAUGUAGAUUAUAAAACAGUCUUACAGUUUGAUUGCAACCUGCCUGCAGCUCAUGAUGGAACCAACAGAAUGACAAAGGCACUGACGGAGAUGGAUGGACCAUCAUGGCGAGAAAAGCUUCCUCCUAUUCCAACUGUUCCAAUGCCAAUAAAAGAACAAUUUUUGAGAACUGCAACACCAACUGUGAGCGCACCGCAGAACAAUCAAACUGGAAAUAAACAAAUGGGUGGUGAUGUGAAAAAGGCCAAACUGCUAAAGGAGGAAGGGAAUGCAUUUGUGAAGAAAGGACAGCAUGAGAAGGCAGUGGAGAAAUACACACAGUCCCUCAGCCAAGACCCCACCGAAAUCACAACCUACACAAACCGGGCUCUGUGCUAUUUGGCAUUACAAAUGUAUAAGGAAGCAGUAAAAGAUUGUGAAGAGGCUCUUCAGCUGGACCCGGCUAAUAUUAAAGCACUAUACAGACGUGCACAGGCAUACAAGGAGCUUAAGAACAAGAAAACCUGUGUGGAAGAUCUCAGGAGGUUGCUCAAAAUAGAGCCCAACAACACUGCUGCACAGAAGCUACUACAAGAAGUUCAAAAGAUGAAAUAACAUUUUUAAAACAACACCUUAAGUGCCUCAAGUUAACCCAGUUCAGAUCUGCACCACUUUAUUGACAAAUUUCCCUUAUGUUCAAAAUUAUAAUUAUAUUCAGAGGAACUGCAAAAUAGUCUGCAUAUAAAGGGUUAUGCAGUCAGUUUGUCAUUACAGUUCACAAGUCAGCCCAUUUAUUUGGGUUCAGAUCCAUUUAAAUGUGAAAUUUUGUUAGACAACUUUAAUUGUUCUACUCAUUUUUUGUUGCAUUUGGCUAAGUUAAAACUUUAAAGUUAAGGGAAACUUCAACAUGUGAAUCAAUUUCAGUUAAAAUACAUAAGUAUAUUUAGUAGUUUGCUUGCAUAACUUCCUAUGGAUGCGUACUUCGGAUAGUAACUUGUUGGUUCUCAACAGUAGCCCUUGGUCGGUUAACACCAAGAGUAAAAACUCAGUAUAUACAUGUCAAUGCUUGUUCAUAAUUAACCAAAUGACAAACCUGUUUAAUAGUCAUUUUGUAAAACAAACUUUUUUUGCCACCAGAUUUGUGAUGUGCACACCUGUAUGCUAAACUUACGCUGUUUUAAGUCUUUGAUAUGAGUCACUGAUCUCAAUGAAUGAACUAGAAAAAAAACUUUAAAUGUAUGAAAAACUUAUGAUUUAUGGUGGCUCGAAUAUUGUGAUUAGACUUGUGCUUAGUCUGAAUCUUCUAUGAGCCCACAAAUCUUAAUGUAAGGCCAUUAAAUUAGUCUGACACUGAUGUCAAUAAACUUAAGCAGUCAACAUG